CUUCCCUGCUGGUCAUACAGAUCGAAUCGAUAGAUGGCGCGGUUUAUUGUUGACUUGGAUUAAAAUGGCGAGGUAUAAUGAGUGCACGGGGGCAAUACCGUUAAAUUCCCCGCGAUAAAUGAGCCUGUGCGAGUUUGUAUCAGCUUGGUGUAUAUGCAAAAGCGCCGGGUGUCUCGAGGUAUAUCCGGCAUGUUUAGAUAUUUGCGUAUGCUCGAAUCAUGUGAGCGGAACAACGGUGCCACCCGAUCGUGUGUCGUGCGUUGGCCAAGAAGUUUCUGUGGCCAUAUUUACUGUGUUAUUCUUAAAGAAAGACAUUGUAUAUCAUCGUACUAUACCGGCGAACAUAAUCAAGUAUCUCUAAGCGAGGUUUUACGACAUCGAAGAAGGAAAUAAUAGUUGUUGCAUAUAAGAAUAAGUUUAUAAGAUACGGAAAGAACUAGAUGAUGAUCCGUCGUUCUUCGAUGAUUAGAACCGAACACUAGAAGUGAAAUGUUAGUACACCGUAUUCAAGUAUACGCUGUUGUUCGAUAGGAUUGUUUGGAUAGGACCAAAAGAAAAAGACGUUAAUUCGAAGGAUGCUCGUCGACUCCAAGGAGAGCGCGCGUGAUUGUUUUUGUUUGCCAUACAAGUACAGAGUUUUUAGCAAUCAACGAUCGUAAGACAAUAGGAACCGUUGUAGGUACUGUGCUCGCUAAAAUACGUUGUGAUACAUAUUACCCGAUUGGUUCCACGAUCUACGCUCCUUCACGAUUACAAACAAGAUAGAAUGGAGAAUUCUUAACAUUGGGACGAAGCUUUUAUGAUCGAUUCAUAUAUAUAUGAAGAAGUAUAUAGAAUGGUUUUUUCUUACGUACAAUUAUGAAGAGAAAUGUAUAAAAGUUUCCAUUGAAAGUUAUGGUAUGAUUGAUUUAAAAUUUAUCAUCAACGUUUCUAAACGCAAGAAGGCCUGCCAUAAGUGGACUAGGCGGCAGAUUAGGCACCCUUGUGCCAAACUUGGGUAAUGGAUCCUGUUACUCCAUGGUAUGCAUCGUAUAAUCGCCUUGCAUCAACAGGAACUGCAGCUAAUACAUUUCAAGGUAUAAAUUCAAGCGCCAAUAGUGAUUUUGUAUCGCAUCAUUUGUCAACGGCUACCAAUCAAGCCGUACCAUCAACAACAUCACAAUUACUAUUACAAGCAGCACAUACAACAGCAACUCUGGCGGGACAACCAUCUCCCUUCAACCCAGGGGGGUUUAUGACUCCACCCCCUGUGGGCUACGACGUUUUUUCUCCUUUGUUUCAUCAUCCCAAUUCUAAACAAUCACCUUAUGUUUCACAACAUCGACAAGUUCUUACUCAAGUGCAAGCUGUGACCAAACAAAAUACUACUACGGAAUCUGAAAUAUCUCCGUUGAGAGAAAGCUACAAUUCGACUCAUCAAACUUUUUUUGAACAUCAAAACUCAUCUUCUUCGCCUACUGCGUCAUCUCUUGCUUGGACCCAACAAAAUAAUUCCCAACUUCCUCCGAGUCCUUUUGGUAUAUUGCCACAUGAAAGUGUUGUUGCAUCUUCCCCUGGACCACCUUCUGCAAAAACCAACAGCGCUGCUUACGAAAAUACAUUUAAUGCUCAUUUUACUGGAACGCCAACAAUAAACAACAUCAAUUCUCAACUAUCUACUCCUGUUUCAACAGCAGACUUUAAAUCUUCAACUUAUCCGGAUGCAAAAAAAGCUGUAAAUAUUAGACCUCAAUCUCCAAAUGUUAACAUAAAGUUGGUAGUCUCGACUACUCAAGGAGGUAACAGUCAAACAUUUUUCCAACAAGUUCCGACUACAUUUAGUUCAGAAACAUUGACAAAUAAUUACACAGCUGGUAAUGGGACUCAAGCUUCAAAUGGUAAGGUACAAGCAUCUCUUCAACACCAACAAUCAUGCAUUGUCUCGACGCCAAGUAAUACUUCUAGCAAAGAAUACAGAAUUCCCCAACCAUCUGCAAGAUCUGUUGGAUCGGCAACGGUUUUUUUAAAUACAGCUGUUAGAUCUGUGUCGUCGCAAGCUCAAGAUAAGCAACCUUUACAAAAUAGCGGUUUUCCUUCUCCACCUAACAAAACUACGUCAACAUCUCAGCAAAGUAUACAGACGAAAGCACAAACAAAAAUAUAUCCCGAAUUAAGCAAUCAUGGCGAACAUAGAAGGAAUGAACAAACAGGACAUGAUAGUAAUCAAUCGUCGCCUAUCAGUUUUUCUAUCAUGGAUACGCAUAAUAUGAAUUAUGGAACUAAUAAUACUACAAAUUGUAAUAAUAAUAGUGGUAAACUUGCAAGUAACCAAAGGACACCACCAAAUAAUAAUUUACAGUCACAUCCACAACAGCAGCAACAGUUUCAUGUUUUAAGUCAACAGCAGCAAUCAGCAACACCUUAUAGACACUAUGUAACCAAUUCAGCAAAUGAUACUGAAUAUCACCAUUCUAAUAGAUCCAAAUCAACAGCAUCUACUGAUUCUGCUUAUUCUUCUAACAAUUCAACUCAAAAUGGUCCAGACUGCAGUGUUGUUGUACCACGAAGACCAAGUCCCUUGCAAGCACAUUCGCAAGCUAGUCCGCUAGGACAUGUACCAAGUCCUGCAUAUCCAAUGUAUAAUAGUCCAAUGGCAACAAUAUCUUCUCCUUCGCCAUUGCAACAACAUACUGAAAAUAAUGGAAAUCAAUGUACUAGCGGACAGCAGUAUAAAGCAACAGUUCAGCAACAAGUUACACCACCUUCGCCACUUGAUGUUACCAUUCCUCGGCCUGCAUCGCAGGGUCAAGUUGCAUAUUCUUCAGUGAUAACUAGGGCAUUAGGUACUACAGAAAAUAAUAAACCAACUUAUAAUACAGAAGCUAAAAGUUAUGACAAACAACAACAGGACUUCUCUCAAACCCAAAAGCAACAAAUAUGUUGGGAAAAUGAUAAUAAUAGGCAUACAAACACAAACAGGAAAUUUUCUGUGGCAGUGUAUGCAACUGGUAACACAGAAAUAAACCCUCAAACGUUACCUAUUCAACAACAGGUACAAAGGGUACUAAAUGUUUCUGAGAGGCAGCAACCCUAUUUCGAUUCCAAUCAAGUUACUUUGCAAGAUUUAAGUAGCUGCAGAGGAGAUCCGAUGAGUAUCGUAAAAAAUUUACAAACGUUACAACAAAGUUCCUGUCAAGUACAACAGCAGCAUACAACACCUACCGCUCUAAAUGAUCAACAGAAACAAGUGGAAGAAAGACGUAAAGUAGAUUCUGUUAAUAAAAAGAAAAAAAGUUCAGAAAAGGGAGUUCACGGAUCUACGUUAAAUGAACUUACAGGAACGACAACUAUGACGGAAUAUUUAAGCAGAAUACCACCUCCUGCGCAUCACAAUACAAAUCAACAACAACAAAAUGGUUAUUAUGACUUAGAAAGGUGGAAUUUACCUCCACCUCCCUCUAAAAUGUUUACAAGUGCACCUGCUGCAUUUAGUUCUCAAUCGACGUUGCAUCAUUCGAGUAAUUUUGUUGGAAAUCCAGCUCAUCAACAUCAGUCAAUAAUGGUACCGCACCAUCAUGCACCGCCUCCUAUUCCUUAUUUCCCACCUUUCCAUAUACCUCCAGGACAUCAUCCUCAUCAUACUCAUGAAUUUCAAUCUUCUGUUGAUAUAACGCCAAUUAGUUUUGGGGAAAAUGCAAUUAAUCAAAAUUCAAAUUAUAAUCAAGAAAUACGAGACGAUCAACCAAAAGUUAUCGUUCCUAAUAUAGAAGAAGAAUUAGGUUUUCUUCAACAAAAUCAACAACCAUUGCAAACUAUUAAUCAAAUGAACAAAAGUCUUAAACAACCUGGAAGAGAUCCUAAUAAUUCAGGAUUCAUGACAAGUUAUUUGAAGUUUUUACAAGGUGAAAGAGAUCCUUCGCCGCCACCCGCAAUACGAGGUGGUAGAAAAGCGACGUGGAGUAGGUCGAAACCAUAUAUUCCUAUAGAACCUAGCAAACCUUCGGAAACUUCUACAAAUGGAGAAACAGUUAAAAUACAAACUGAAAAAUCAAAUCCUCCAAAGGAAAUGCCAACAAUUGAUUAUGCUAAUGAUCCUAGAUAUUUUCCAUUGCCUAAAGAAAGGAAAAAGCCAAACUUUGACUCAAGCGAUGAUGGAUUUACUAGUGAUGAUGAUUUUCUAUUUCCACCUAAAAAAACAGAAAGAAAAACAUCUACUAAUACCACUAAUGCAACAGAUAUUACAACCGCAAAACAAGAAGGUAAAUCUAGAAAAGGAAGACCGAUUAAGCCUGGAGGACCAACGGAUAGAAAACGGAAAGCUGCUGCUGCUGCUGCUGCUGCCGCCGCCGCCGCUUCUGCCGCUGCUGUUGUAGUGGUUGAAACACCCAUUCAUGCAUCCAGUGGAAAAGUAUCGAAGAAGUUCGAAGAAGUGGAUCCUCUGCUUUUACCCCCAAGACGAGAAACAUCCAAGAGAAAAGCUAAGGAAAAAACGUCAGUAAAACAAUUUUUAGAUAAACAACAGGGUAUAGAUUAUUUUGAUAACGAUGAAGAACAAGGUGAUUCUGAUUCUGAUCCUGCAUGGACUCCGGCCGUUAAAUUAGUUGGAGAUGAAGAAGACAAAAGAAAGAAACGUGGACGACCUCUUAUCACAAAGAAAAAUAAAAAGUCUUUAGAAGAAGAUGGUUAUUCGUCUGGCGAAAUUAUUGUUUCCAAAAAAUCUGUCAGAAAAAGACAUGAUGUAUAUUCUAAAAAUUCUAGCAAUUCUGCUAAGAUAUCGACUAAAAUAGAUGAGAAAUUAGUUACAUCAGCCAGCGACGAUGACAUUGAUAUAUCUCCAUUUCAGCAUUCCAUCAACAAUUUUGAAGAUGUGUCUGGUGAAUUUGUUGUAAUCAAAGCAGAUUUAGAUGAAAAGUACCCGGCUCUAUGGAGAAUAGACGGUAAAACGUUGUUGCAAAAAUAUGAGCCAUUUAAGUCCAAUGGCAAAACGUUAUAUAGAAACAUAUCUACGUAUUCUGGUUGGGCUCCACAAAAUCGCCAUAUAUAUCAGCAAGUGCCAGUUAAGUUUUGGCAACAAUCCAAAUUAGAAACUAUUGUAGAAUUUUUAAGAGAUGAAAUGAUCAUUGAUGACAGUGAAUGCAUAAAUAAGUUAAUGAAGAACACUGAAAAAUAUCAAGAUAAUUUUGAAGUGUACAUACAAACAUUAAUCUCGCAAGCUUUAGAUUCUAAUUUCUUAACUGAGAUAUUCCAAGAGCAAGAUGAUUAUUUCUUAUCCAAUGUAAAGACAGUCGAUGAAGUAACAGAUGAAAGAAAACAACGUCUUCUUUCUACCACAAAGUGGCGAUUUGAUUUUAUAACUGCAAUUUCAACGUGGCCGUGCAUUAACGCAUUAAAAGAUUUGGCACCAUCUGAAUAUAAGAACAAACCAUGCGCUGGUUGUCAGCAAAUAAAAAUUUAUGCUAGAGUUUUACUUUACGGUCAACCUUAUAAUAGUACUACAUUGGAAGGCUCGCCUCCUGAUCCAAAAGUACCAUUAGAAAAGGAUUUUUUGCUAUGUCGAGUUUGUCAAACUAAGGUAGCUUUAUAUAAUAAAGUAGCUCAUCAAAAGUAUCUCAUGUUUUUGGAAUGUGCAAGAAGAGUGACGGAUAAAAGAUCAGCCAAUCCUCAUAAGGAUACAACAAUAAUAUUAAAUGAGUUAUUAGCGGAUGAAGCUUGGUUGAAUCAAUUAUUCAAAGAAGUAAGAAGGAUUUGGGCAAAUAUUGAUAGUAUGGAGCAACAAUUAAAAUUAAAGUCAAGUCCAACGGAAACUUCGUCCUCAUCUUCAUUGUCGUCGUCGUUUUCGUCUUCGUCGUCAUCUAUUUCAGUAAAUCAUGCAGAAGAAAUGAAAAUUCAUAAUUCAUCUGUGCGUGCAACUAAGGGAUCGACUAAUACUUCAGAUUCACAGGUGCCUGUACAGAACACUGAUAGCAGUUUGCUAACGGUGUCAUGUAAUACGCAAAUCAACAGUGUAUCAUCUUAGUGGUGCUAUACAAUAUGGUUUUGUUUGUUAUUUAAACGUCAUAAUAUAUGUACGAUUAUAGUGGUAUACAUAAUUGUUGAACAAAUGUGUAUUUGUCUCUCACAUUGAAGAAUUCUAUAUUAACAUUUGGGAAGAACUCUGUGGAUAAUUCUAUUACGAUGAACUCUAAAUUUAUUAAUUAAAGUUUAACAAAGGACUGUAAUUAUAGAAAUGAAAGAGCUAUUGAGAGUAAAUCGAGGUAUAAAUGAAAAUUAAAACACUUUGAACAUGUAUUAUAUAUACAUUUUUAGUAUAGCAAUUAGUUUAAGCCCAAACUUUGCCAUUAUAGUGAUAUAAAAAUAGUGGAAUAGUGGAAUUGAAUUUGGACACUGGUGUGAAAUAGUUAAACAUACUUAUUUGUAUCGUGAUAAUCUCAUAUAGAGUGAAGAUACAACGUGAUAAAUCGUAAAAACGUAUGAAGACAGAACUUCGGUUCUAUCUAAAACAUGACGUUAACAAUGUGAACAAAGAUUUUUUCUGUAACAUAUUUGCAUACAUCACAUAACAGCGAUUCCAAGUCCGUGCUUAACAAUAAGCGGCGGAAGCUGUUAAGAUAUUUGUUCCUGUACGUAUAAACUUUUAAAGUUAAUAUGUAUUUCCUUUUUUACUUUUGCAAAAUAGUUGCUAUUUAUACGAUUGGCAAGUUAACUAAUAUUUAUGUAAUAUUUAUGUUGUACAUACGCAUAUUUACUAAGUGCAAAUAAGCAUGUAAACAAGAUUUCAGGUGUAUCAAAUAGGUUUAAAGUAUCCUAAAGUGUUCCAAAACCUUUUGAAGAAGUACACCUUUAAUACCAUGAUUUCAAAAGGAAGAAGAAAUUAUGUUUAACCGAUAUAAUUUUUCCAAGUAUUAAAUAUUUUUUCAAUAAAUUUAUGUUUUUUGCUAUACGCAUUAUAUACUUGUGCAUUGUAUAUCUAAGUCUGAUUUUGAUUGCAAUUAUUAUUAUUAUUAUUAUCAUUAUUA